AUGCAGUGGAGCGCGUCACCGUGCCGCGUGGCCGACUCCAUAGACGCAAUUUGCCCGAAUGUGCUUUGCCCGCACCGUCAGGCAAUUGGGCGGGAGCGGUAUACUUCCAUGCAGUUGACGGCCGCCAAUCGUCUUCUGGAAGAGGGGCAGCACUAUCUCAGCUUAAAAACUGAGCGACUAGAGGCGGAGGUAAAGGUGAAAAACGAGCAGCUGCAGCAAUUAGACGCUCUCGCAAGGAGGGAGGCGGGACGCCGGGCGGAGCUGGAGGAGGAGGUUGCUGAACUACGGCGGAAAAGCCAUGCACGCUGCUCCGCCGCCUAUUCCAACGCCGUCUCGCAGGAGGCGGAACUGGCGCGCCUGCACGAGGAGAGGAAACUACUCGUGGAGCAGGUGUUGCAGCUACAGUCUGCCCUGAACGACAUGGUGCGACUGAACGAGGCACUGCAGUGCGCAUUGCGCUCCAAUGACAUUGGGGCGUCAACUCUGGCGCCGCCGCUUUCGCAGGAGACGCCUACGAGUGUGCCGCAUUGCCAGAGUAGGUCUGUUUUGGCGCCGUCGGCAAUGCCGUCGUCGUCGUCUCCAGCGACACGCGCCUUCGUGGCUACUUCUUCUCACGUAGAUAUGCCAGCGGUCCUGAAGGAGGACUCAGUCGAGGUGGCGAAGAGCACCCCCGCGCCUACUGGAGACAGCAAAGAGGUGGGUAAGCGCCCUUCUUCCACAGACGACAAGCAGCGUCAGGAGUGUCAUUUGGCCAUGGUAUCAAUGCAGAGUGCCGUCUCGGAAUUGGCGUCCCUGCAGGCCUUUUUGAACUCUCUUGGGGAAGCGACGUCCGAGUGA